GAUGGGCUGGCCAGAAGAGAUGACAGCAUGUUCUCCAAGCCUCGCUGUGAAACUACAAGCUCCAUCACCACAGGACCUUUAUCUCCGUGUCCUGGAUCUGACCGGAGUCCACGUUCUCUGCUUGGUCGUCCUCGCAGGCUACGCAUUUAUGAUAAUUCAAAGCAAAGGCGUAUAGAGAAAUGGGAGAUGUUGCUAGAAAAGAGGCCGUUACGUGUCCAGUCUGCACGUUGUUCGAGGCGGACUGAGAACAAACUUAAUGGCGUUUCAACAUCACAGCAGUAUUUUAAACUGGAUGUGCCGAAGUGGAGUGAUUAUUUUCCUACACCUUCUGACAAGAAGAAAAUGGCAGCUUCUCCAGUUGACCCGAGAUCUUCAUCCGAAGUCAAGCCCGUACCUGCACAAAAGCGUGGUCAUGUCGUAAAAUUUUGCUUUGUUCCCGCUCCUAUCGUUGUUUCAGACAGAUCCUCCUCCCUCGUCGACAUACCGGUUGGCAUGCCUGUGGUAAGAACCCUGGUGAUUGGUGACUCUACUUUGAAACGAGUGCAAGUAGAGACACCAGGCACCAUGGUUAAUUGUAUACGGGGUGCCAGAGCGUCUGACAUCAAAUCUAAACUUAAUGUCUUGGCUAAUAACAAGCGUAGAUUUAAUAGAAUUAUUAUACAGGUAGGCAUUAAUGAGGUUCAACUCCGUCAGUCGGAGAUAAGCAAAAUUAAUAUUAAAGAGGUGUGUGACCUCGCCAAAACUAUGUCAGACACCGUAAUAUGCUCUGGCCCCAUCCCCUCUUAUUGGGGUGAUGAAUUAUAUAGUAGAUUAUCGGCACUGCAUGAUUGGAUGUGCGAGUGGUGCCCACAGAAUAAUUUAGGUUUCAUUGAUAAUUGGAAGUAUUUUUGCAUGAGACCUGACCUGUUUUGGGAAGAUGGUCUUUAUCCCAACAGCGACGGCACUGCUAUCCUCUCAAAAAACCUGACGGAUAGCAUAAAUAGUGCUGAUGUCUAAUUAUAGAAUCAGACAAAUAUAAUAUACAUUUAUACAGUAUAUAUAUAUAUAUAUAAUGUAGAGUUUUAGACCAUGCAAGUCACGUUUGGUGGGAACACUCAGUUAAGGGUUAGAUUAAGUCACAUAAGGGUUAAGGUUAGCAUAAGGGUUAGGUUUAGGUACUUAAUGGUUAAGGUUAACUUAAGGGUUAGGCUUGGGUACUUAAGGGUUAAUGUUAGCAGGUAACGGUUAGGUAUUUAAGGAUUAAGGUUAGUUUAAGGCUAAGGUUGGCCACAUAAUGGUUACGGUUAGCUUAAGGGUAAGAUUGGGUACUUAAGGGUUAAUGUUAGCAGGUAAUGGUUAGGUACUUAAGGAUUAAGGUUAUUUUAAGGGUAAGAUUGGGUACUUAAGGGUUAAUGUUAGCAGGUAAUGGUUAGGUACUUAAGGAUUAAGGUUAUCUUAAGGGUAAGAUUGGGUACUUAAGGGUUAAUGUUAGCAGGUAAUGGUUAGGUACUUAAGGAUUAAGGUUAUUUUAAGGGUAAGAUUGGGUACUUAAGGGUUAAUGUUAGCAGGUAAUGGUUAGGUACUUAAGGAUUAAGGUUAUCUUAAGGGUAAGAUUGGGUACUUAAGGGUUAAUGUUAGCAGGUAACGGUUAGGUACUUAAGGAUUAAGGUUAGUUUAAGGCUAAGGUUGGGUACAUAAUGGUUACGGUUAUUUUAAGGAUUAGGUUGGGUACUUAAUGGUUAAGGUUCGCUUAAGGGUAACGUUGGGAGCUUAUGGGUAAGGUUGGGUACUUAAUGGUUGAGGUUCGCUUGAGGGUAACGUUGGGUACUUACUGGUUAAGGUUAGUUUAAGGGUAACGUUGGGUACUUACUGGUUAAGGUUAGUUUAAGGGUAACGUUGGGUACUUACUGGUUAAGGUUAGUUUAAGGGUUACGUUGGGUACUAAAUGGUUAAGGUUAGUUUAAGGGUUACGUUGGGUACUUAAUGGUUAAGGUUAGUUUAAGGGUUACGUUGGGUACUUAAUGGUUAAGGUUAGUUUAAGGGUUACGUUGGGUAUUUAAUGGUUAAGGUUAGUUUAAGGGUAAGGAUGGGUACUUAAUGGUUAAGGUUAGUUUAAGGGUUACGUUGGGUACUUAAUGGUUAAGGUUAGUUUAAGGUUAAGGAUGGGUACUUAAUGGUUAAGGUUAGUUUAAGUGUAAGGUUGGGUACUUAAUGGUUAAGGUUUGUUUAAGGGUAAGGUUGGGUACUUAAUGGUUAAGGUUAGUUUAAGGGUUACGUUGGGUAUUUAAUGGUUAAGGUCAGUUUAAGGGUAAGGUUGGGUACUUAAUGGUUAAGGUUAGUGUAAGGGUAAGGUUGGAUGCUUAAUGGUUAAGGUUAGUUUAAGGAUAACGUUGGUUACUUAAUGGUUAAGGUUAUCUUAAGGGUAAUGUUGGGUCCUUAAUGGUUAAGGUUAGCUUAAGGGUAACGUUGGGUCCUUAAUGGUUAAGGUUAGUUUAAGGGUAACGCUUGGGUACUUAAUGGUUAAGGUUAGUUUAAGGCUAAGUUUGGGUACUUAAUGGUUAAGGUUAGUUUAAGGGUAAGGUUUAGUGUAGGGUUGCACCAGCCAUUCAUAAGUUCUUUCUUAAAUGAGAACGUAAAGUCCACACUAGAGGCUUAGUAACUACUAGCUAGUUUAUAGUUUUCCUUACGUUAUUCGAUUGCACCAUUCGCUCUUAAGGCAGAAUGUAGCUAGUAGUUCAUAAGCUCUCCGUAAAGUAAUGCAUAGUCGCAUAAUAUGACGUUUACCUUCAAUAGUCCAAUAGCAGCCUUUAAAUUGGUGAGAAAAAGUUCUUCACAUAAUAACGGUAAAAUAAGUUUUGAUUAAAUAUAAUCCUACCUAAUCUUGAAUAACACAGGAUGGCCUAUUUUAUUAAAUAUUUUAAGUUAAACAAACAAAAAAAAAAAAUGCUGAUUAAAAAUAAUAAAACUUUAAAAAUCAUAAUAAAUUACAUGUAAUACGGGUGAUUUCAUUUUACUGCCAACCGCCAAAAAAAUAAAGAUAAUUUUAUUUUGACAUGCACAACACAGGCAGAUGGAUGCCCACACAGAGGCGCUCUAGUACUGGUUCUCGUUAGAAACGCUAAUACAGUAAUCUCAUCACAUAAUGUUCUCUGUUUUAAAGGUGCGUGACUAAACAUAUAUGAUAAUGCUGACAUUUUCAAAGUAUUGAACAAUGUCUAGUGAAACUACAGUUUAUUUAGUUCAGUGAGUCUGCAGUUUUAUCCUACAGUUACUCAUGGCUUCCAUAAAUAUUUAGUUUAUACGUAAUGUUACACUUCAACUAAGUUAAAUGGUGCAACUCAAAAAUAUUUAGUGCGUAAAUUGUAACAAACUCUGUGCCCAUUUAAGUCAAAACUAGGCUAAGUUGUAACUUGCACACAGCUGGUGCAACCGGCCAAAACAAUGGCACUGAUGUAUUUUAAGAUAUUUCUGGGCAAGUUAUAUUCAGUUAAAACGGAUCACACAUUUAUUUUAGUCGGGGACUAGCCUUAAUUAGCUUCACAAGGCGUCUGUGAAAUUGGGCCUAUAACAAUAAAAUUGGUCAGUGAUGUAUAAGACUACUAAUUAAAUACUAAUUAAGACCGCUAAUCAAAUUGUAAACAUUUGAAAAACUCCAAAAUGAGAAGUGGAGGAUUCGAGAAGUGGCUGACAUUGUGAUGUUAUUACAUUUAUAUAAAACCGGCUCCCAUUACAGAGGAUGCAAGCUUUAUAUCAAAAACUGCAACCAAUACAAUAAGGGUCCAUGAUUAAUUAAGCACUAAUAUCUGAAUAAAUUCCUCCUUCCAUAUGAACCAGUGAUUAGUGGAGGUAUCAAGAACUAAUAAAGAGCUAAUCUGGGCUAGUUGUACACUACUAUAGCUUCAUUACAUCCAAACACAGACUACAGUUCCUGAUCUUUAACGUCAUUUACUUUAAUCAUAGACCUGUAGAAAGUCAUGACAUAAGGAUGCAUUAACAGGUUAUGAGCGGAUGUUAGUAGUAAAGAUUAAGAUUAUUCUGUCGCCCCCUCUAGUGGACAGCAUUACUGCAUUUAUUGCUCGGAUAACAUCAAUCAAAAUGAUUUAUUCGAGUAUAAACACCCUUUUUAAGAAAAUAAAAAGUUGGAAAAAAUAUAGCAAUGCGGGUCAGAUUCGUUUGAAGGACUGAGCCGAGUUUGGUAAAGCUUAAAACUCUUGAAGACGUUCGAGUCAAUUAAUCAAUCAUUUAAAUAAGUAAAUAGGUUUUCUCAAGCCAACAUAACUAGGAAGCCUCGGAACAACCAAAACAUCAGCCAAUUCAGUAUGUAAUAAAAGUAUUACAAAUUUAAGGCAUACCGUUACUCUCCGACCAAAGGGCUUUUCAUUAUCACCGACUAAAAGACGAGAGGGAUUGUUACAGACAUACUAUCUUGAUCGUGUUUAGCCUACAGUACUGUAUAUAAUCAUAGCAAAUAAGAUUAAAAAAAACGUUUUAUAUUUAUCAAUGGAGCAAAAUUUUGUUAUAUUUAUGCUAUAUAGAAAUGGAAAUAUCAGUGCCAACAUACUGUAGCUCAUAUUGAAGCUACAGUAGUCCCACUCUCGGUUGUUGCAAAUAAACAUUAUUUUAAUAAAUAA